UGGAAGUUACCCCAAAAACGGAUAUUUUCAAGCAGUGAUAUUCCCUCCUUCCAAAGCUCUAAGGCAAUAGCAAAUAUAAACGGAAUUGUUUCCCUAAUAUGCACCAAAAUAUCAUUAGUAAAUGUUCCUUUAGGAGCAUUAAACGAUGAGCUAGUAAAUUUCAACUCAAAAGGGUUUCACCAUAGUGUCACGACUUCUGAAAAGGUUAUGCAAAAGCACCGUGAUACUACUAGCGUUGAGACACCACCUAAAUUUGCAGAUGAAGCAGAAUCAAGAAGCUACUCGACCGUUGCAAAAGCUAUAUUGGGCAUUCUACAAAAAUUUAAAGAUUUGAAAGAUCAGACACCGCCAUUUCCUGGUCCAAGAAGAUAUGGCAACUUUGCAUGCCGUGAUUGGCACGAUAAACUGACAUCUAACAUUGAUUCAAUCUUGGAUGAUGCAUUUUUUGAUCUAUUGCAUGAGGCCGAAAAAUCAGAAAACUAUCUAGGUUUGAAGAAUGAGAUAAGGUAUUAUUUGCUGGGUUCGUUUGGGUCUCGUGAGAGACUUGACUAUGGAACUGGCCACGAAUUAUCUUUUGUUUCCUUUUUAGGAUGCCUAGUAAUGAUUGAUCUUAUCAACCGGGAGGAAAUGAAAGGAAGCGAAUGGUUACUAAUACUCGCUGGUUACUAUGAUUUAGUGAAGUCUCUAAUCUUAUCGUAUACCUUAGAGCCAGCUGGAUCACACGGAGUAUGGGGAUUAGAUGAUCAUUUCCAUUUGAUAUAUGUUUUUGGUGCAUGCCAAUUUACGUCAAAUGCCUCCAUAAAUGUGAUGAACUACAGAAUGGGGUUGACACCCUCGUCCAUAUUGAACCCUGACACCUUAAGAAGAGAACGAGAUAAAAACUUGUACUACAAUGCCAUAUCUUUCAUUCGAAUGGUAAAAGUUGGACCAUUCAGUGAGCAUUCGCCAAUAUUGUAUGAAAUAUCCGCAAGCAAAAACUGGGAAAAAAUUGCUCGUGGAAUGUUAAGGAUGUAUUACGGGGAGGUUUUGUCCAAGUUCCCUGUUGUCCAACACUUUUAUUUUGGAGGUGUUUUUUUUCCAUGGGUCGAU